GGGUAAACAGGUGCUUGGCGUGAAGAAGAAAACGAGAGAGGGAGGGGGGCCUUCACCUCGCAUUGGAAGAUGGAAUUUAAUUUUAGAGAGAGAAAGUAGAGAGAGAAAGGAGUAGAGAGAGAGAGAAAAGGGGGCAGAGAGGAGAAGACCAGAGCCAUUUGGUAAGCGGCCCAACAGGACACCUUUGUUUUAUCAUCAAUUCUUUGUUUGGAAACUGCUAUGCGCCUAUUAUGACUUUAUAGCUCUUUCUCUCUCUCUCUUUCUCGCUCUAUCUCUGGGUUAUUUGGUAAAUUUAAAGACUACUGUCCUCUUUAAUCCACCGCACCUCUCUCUCUCUCUCUAAUAUACACAACAUUUCAUUCUAUAUCUCCUUCAAACUCCUCCUUCUCUCUCUCUUCCUUCCCUUGCUCGGUCUUCAGUGUAGAUCCAUCGGUCCAUCUGCUAUCAUUUUGCUGAUCUGACAAGAAGUCCUGUUCGUGACGUACUGUUUCUGUUGGAAUAUCUUUGGGAUCUGUUCUGAUUUUUUGAACGAAGUAUAUCACAGCCCUAAUGCAAGGGCAGAGGAGUACUCUAGGUUCGCUGCCUGAGGCAUUAAACUUUGAUCAUGGUUCUACAUCAAGUCAUGCAGAUACAGAUCAGCAGGUUUGCUGGAAUAGUAUUCAAAAUUCUGUGCAUAACCGGCUACCAGACUAUGUAAUGACACCCAAUAACACAAGUAUUACAUAUCUGAAUGCUACUAAUCGAGAAGGGCAGAACUUAAGUGGAUGGAAUUUAGGUGAGCCCAGUUCUAGAGUCACACAAAACCAGGCCAUCUUUAAUGAAAGGAAAAUAGAGCAUGGAUUGUCAUCUUCAAUGAGUUCGUUCGCUGGACCUGGUCCAAUCAUGGAAGAACGACAAUAUGAACCAACCGAUAUGCUUUCACUGAACAAUGUUAAUUUAAACCUUAGUGGCCAUCAGAUUGCAAAUGGGCCUUUGUUUGUGCAGAAUUCUAGUUCUGAUGCUAUUCCUCAGGAUCUUAACAUUAAUGCAGCAUUUGUAGAACCUGAUGUUGAUGAUUGUCAAAUCAUGGAAUGUCCCAGUUUGGAGAAGUCUGUUGGAUCAGAGAAUGCACGAAUUUCUUCUGCUAGUAGUUCUUCUUAUCCUUUUGGGGUGCCUCCUGGAACUGCAGGAUAUUCGGUGGAAGAAAGUGAUGGCAGGCCAGGCUGUUCAUCGGAGGGUCGCCGCCUAUCCUGUAAAAGAAAAGCUCUUGAAGGAAAUGUUGGACAAUCUUCUAUAAGUGGAAGUCCGAGCUACUUUCAGUGUACAGAAAAUAGUUCGUUGCAUGCUGUUCCUGCUCGCUAUAAUGCCUUCAGCAGCUCAAGUAUAUCAACACCAGCAGAACAUGAUCUUCGCGUUCGUCCUUUGGAACAGGUGAACCCAAGACUUGGACUUGGUGUGGGAGGAGCUACUUCAGAAACCCCUUUUGCUUUAAAUGUGGCAGGAAGUGCAGAAAGCUCUAGGAGAAAUUUCCGUAUGAGGAUAAAUCCUUCACAUCAACAUGAUCCUGUACCCAACGAUGUAUUUUCAUCAGGGAAUGCAAUUGGGCAAACUAAUUUUAUGUCAUCCCAACACUCAUCGAGGUUUCUUCCCCUUAAUAAUUCUUUGGACUUAAGGUCAGCACCAUUAACAGACAAUACAAGUCUUCAAAGGCAGUCUGCUGUUGUGCACGUUCCUCCUUCGCGACGAAAUCUACAAUCAUCUAGGUGGAGUGGAGGUUCAAGCUCAAGACCUGGCAAUUCAUCAGGUUCUGAAGUAGAAGCGGCACCACAUGAGGAACCCAACUCAACAAGUAUGCCAAGAAACAUUUCAGAACAUCCUAUGUUUGUACCUGCAACUCCAGCUAAUUGGAGUUUAACUGGUGGAAAUAUAAGUAUUGCCAGGAAUGUUGCUUCUUCUUCUCGGAUUGGGCCGAGUUCGGUUGUCCAUCCGUCAUCGACGCCCAAUUGGAUUCCUCGUCGCAAUCCACAAUAUCCACGGAGAUUAUCAGAAUUUGUUCGGCGCUCAUUGCUGUCUUCUGCUGAUUCUGAGUCUGGAGGGCAGAGCAGUAAUAGUUCUCCAAUACGUUCAGGUCAUUCUGCCUCUGCACAUGAAAUGGCUUUUUCAUCUGGUGCUGGUAGCCAGGGGCAUCAUCCGUCGCACCCAAGGUCAGCAAUGCUGUUGGAUAGACAACUUGAUGGGACUUUUGGAAUUCCAUAUUCAUUACGAACUUUGGCUGUUGCCGGUGAAGGAAGAAGCAGGCUUGUAUCUGAGAUACGCAAUGUCUUGGAUCUUGUGCGUCGGGGCGAGGGCUUGCGGUUUGAGGAUGUUAUGAUUCUUGAUCAGUCGGUCUUUGUUGGAAUGGCUGAUAUUCAUGAUCGUCACAGAGAUAUGCGGCUUGACGUUGAUAACAUGUCAUACGAGGAGUUACUGGCGCUGGAAGAGCGAAUCGGUUAUGUUAGCACUGGAUUGGGUGAGGAAAUAAUUCAGAAUCGUCUGAAGCAAAAGAAGCAUUCAUCCAUUGCAAUAGGAGCUCAGCAGGACGUGGAGCCGUGCUGUGUAUGCCAGGAGGAAUAUAACAAUGGAGAUGAUCUUGGAACGCUAGAGUGUGGGCAUGAUUUCCAUUCUGGUUGUAUCAAACAAUGGUUGAUGCAAAAGAAUUUGUGUCCCAUAUGUAAAACGACGGCCCUAGUUCCGUGAGACGAGACCAAUUUUUCCAGGCCAUUCCUUCCUGGAUUUGAUAGUGGUGGGGGUGGGAUCUGAAAAUGUAUCUCACUCUGGCCACUAUCUUUCAUUGAAUCCAUCCACUAUGUGGAUAUUAUUGUCUUCCCUCUUAGCACAACUGCUUACAGCUUCAUGGAAGAUCCAUUUUAUUUUCUGUUUACUUAAUUUUAUUUGUAAUCUCCUUUUCUGGGGUUGCUAAUGAUUAAAGAAUCAAAGUAGAACUAGUUCAACUUUCCAUUUAUUUAAGAAUUGAAUUUGUUAUUUGAAAUUA